AUGGUUGAAACAUAUUUCGAUGAGGUGAAUCAGUUAAAUGUUAGUGACAAGAAUUCUCUUCAGGCUGUAGUGAACGAGACAGAGCAUUUACUUACAGCUUUCCAAAAAAUCGCUAAGGAAGGAGAUUUAGUCGUAGGAGUGAAUUUGUUGGUAGCGGCUCAGCACCUUGAAAUUUUUGUCUCGGAUUAUGCCAAGAAGCAUCUGUUGGCAAAUGGUAAUUAUAGCUCAACCAGAGUACCCACUGAAAGACACCUCGUCGUGGAAAUUCAAACUAUUAAAUCAGGUUAUAGAAAGGACGUGGCGGUUCCUUCUGAUGUUUUCCAAGGCCAAUCAUUUGAUGAUCAUAAUUUGUUACGUGAAAGGAUCAUUUUACCACCAAAACUCUUUGAGAAACAGGAAACUGCGGUACUUGGAAUAGCUUACCAAGACCUGCACGAGCUUCUUCCAGAUGAAUGUCAAUACCUUCUUGAUGGCCUAUAAAACCCGAGGAUAAGCCUUACUGUGUAUCUUGGGACUUUAACAUCAGGACACGGGUUAAUGGCUCCUGGUCAAGCAGAGGAUGUUUCCUGAUGA